CGCACUGCAGAUAAUAAUACCGUUUAAUUCAACGCCUGUUUAAUUUAUAGCUUCUAGUCCAACCUGUCUCCUUUUCUCCUAUACGGCUCGCACCACCUGCUGUACGACCUACGUAAAAGCAUCUUCUUAAUCUGUCCAGCCGACAUGUCUUCCACCUCUGUCCGACGAAUCCAAAAGGUACGCUCCUCUUACGAUCUAGCAGGUGCUGUUAAAUUGCCUUCACGCGCGAGGUCUCGCCGAACCAUCAGUGGACCAGAAAAUCGCCCAACUGAACUGAGUCAACUCGAGAAUACCUGCUCACAUGUCAGGCGAUUACCUUAGGAGCUUGCAACACUUAUGUCGACCCCUCCGGCCAAUAUUACUGUCGUUCCAGAUGAAGCCAAUCUCCAGGUAUGGAGAGUACGGAUCACUGGUCCUCCUGGAACACCAUACGCAAAGGGUACAUUCACAGUUUCUGUAGAAUUUACGAAAGAAUAUCCUUUCAAGCCGCCUGUGAUUAAGUUUGAGACUAGAACAUAUCAUCCCAACAUAGAUAACGAUGGCAAUAUCUGCAUUGGUCUUCUCAAGACGGAACAAUGGAAACCGGCCACCAAAAUGGAUAAUGUUCUAAGAGAAAUCUACAACCUUCUGGCAGAACCAAACCCAGACGACCCGCUUGUAACCUCCAUUGCGGAACAGUAUCGGACUGAUCGAAAGACAUUUGACAAGAGGGCAGCUGAAUUUGUAGUCAAGUACGCUUCGUAGCAGCAUGAUGGCGGUGAAAUGAAACGAAAGAAGUCCUUGUAACAAUAUCUUCGUAGUCCAUUGUCCGAUUACGACCUAUGCAGCACAUUUAGAACAUUCGUG